GCAGCCGCUACUGAUAAAUUAUACCAACAGGAUGACCACGGGCCGGUGCGUACUAUCCGGCACGCGUUGAACGCGGUGUCAUCGGAUGUCAACAAGCUGGCUGCCUUCACACAGGAUAAUGAAUAUGACAUGAUGUCACUCACCAAUGUGCAGCAGGAUAAGCCUACCCCACCAGUGGUGGUCCGUGCUCAGUUAGUCAAGAAGCAGCUAGAAGAGACAAAGACCCUCACCAUCAAGUUGGAGAACAAGGAAGCUGAUAUUAAGGAACUGAAGAAAGCACUCAAGGGUAAACAAGAGGAGCUAUCAGAGAUGCAGAUCCGACGCGAGCUGGGCGAGCGCAAGCUGUCUGCGGCGGCGAGCGCGGCCGAGCUGCGCGCGGAGCAGCUGCAGCGCAAGCUGGAUGAUGCUCACAACCAGCUUAAGAGGAAGGAGAAAGAAUUCGAAGAGACAAUGGACCAUUUGCAACAAGAUAUCGAAUCAUUGGAGACAGAAAGAGGUGCUUUACGAGACAAACUGAAGUUGUACGCGAAACGAGGCGGCACUCACCAUGCUGCGGUGACCCCACCGGCCUCACUGCGGGAGUUCGCACAGGAAGCACCAGUGAAGGUGACUCCAGGGUUCGCUGCUGAUGAAGUCAACGAGGCCUUACAGCGACAGAUUAAAGUCCUCAACUGGUGAGUACGGAGCUCGAUUGUUAAAUUCGCCGAAAUAGCGAAAUGAUUGCUGCCACGCAAUUGCAUUCUUCUUGUUGUUAUGUCUCCAAAGUGGGACAAAGGGCGUUCAAAGGCCGAUGUGUACGCAAUCGGGCUGUCAUUGUCAUUGUCAGAGACAAAACGCAGAGCCCAGGAUAAAGCAAUUGCACUGCCUACCCUUAAUUGAUGAGACGCACAUUAUUCUACCUUAUCCUACUCCC